CGAUAUGUUAUAAAUGUACAUCUCAAUGCUUAAAUACCUGCAUGAGCAUACUAGUGCAUGUUGGUAACAUGUUUCAUGUGAUUUUAUAUUAUUUUUUUCUUACAUACAUCUCCAUUUGCCUUAAGAAUUUCAUUGUAUAGUGCUGUCUUCUAUUUAGUUACUGUAGUGGGCUUUAUUAAAUCAGCAUGGAGAGUAGAAUUCACUUUCCUGAAAGCUACGAUCUUCCUGCCUAAAAUUUUCAACAUAUUCUUUUAUUUAUAGAGUGGUCUUUUGCAAAAUGAGAAGGUAAGAGAUGAACACAGCUCAGUAACACCAUGUCAACAUUGUCCCCACCAACUUUCCUCAGUCAGGAAAAUAAAAUAAAAUGAAAACAGCGCAAAUGUUUGCAAGGGCUCAGAUGCAAAUUUGUAAGGAAGGAUUUGCCUUUCACACGCCUGCCUGCCUUCAAAGACCUCCAAAGCAUUUGGCUGCUCAAAUUACAUUUUAUGUUACCUACGUGAUAUUUCUAGCCACAGUACCCUUGAAACGAUCGCCAUGACAUGUAGUCAGGUAGAGAGAGACCAUUUCUUUGCAAAAUACUACCACAAUGUGUUUAACAUAAUUAGCCUCACAUCAUGUAUGUAGUUGUGUGUAUAUUCGGGCUAGAUUUGCACAUGCAAAGCUUUGCCUGUUUUAUUUUAGAUUAGAAUAACUUUAAUGUAUUCAAGUAGCUCAGGGAUAUUGAUGUUGUGUUAGUGCUUGAUUGAAAUCAUCUCAGCAUGUCGUCGAGUCUUUUGACUGUUAAAAUGGUGAACUAGCUUUAGAUGGGUGAUUUUUAAUUAUAGUUGGUGUGUAAUUUAUUUCACAGUCAGACACUAAUAGUACCUAGUUUUCCCCUUGGUCGUCUUCUCUCCUGCCUUUAAUUUCUUAAUUCUAACAUUUCUUGGCCCCCCUUGUAUUCACCAUCAUGGAUAUUUUAUCGAAAAGCUCCGGAAUGAUGAAAAUGUGACCUUGAUAUGAAGGAAGGCAAAGGAUGGAUAAUCUAUCUCAAGUAGGUUUCUUGCCAGAACACUUGUUGAUAUAAAUGACAGUCAAUAGUUUCUUUUUUGGAACGUAGUUAGAAUGAUACAAAGUCUGGGUAAGCAGUUGAGACUGGUUGGUGAGGUUUGAUGGAUUAAAAAAAAAAAACAAUACAUCCCUGAAAGUUUUUUGUCACAACUCAUCUGCAGACACACUGUGGGACUUAAAUCUCUCUUUCUCUGCUCAAAACAGACGAAAACUUCACUCUUAAACACGACAGAGCAUUCCUGUUGUCGAUGGCCAACCGUGGGAAGGACACGAAUGGCUCACAGUUUUUCAUAAACUCUAGCAUCCUGCUCUUCCAAGCACAACCAAGAUGGCACCACACCUCGAUGGAGUUCAUGUCGUGUUUGGUCUCGUCAUCUCCGGCUUCGAAGUGAUAAAGAAGAUUGAGGGGCUGAAGACUGAUUCAGCGAGCAGACCAUAUGCUGAUGUGAGAGUGGUGGACUGUGGUCAGCUGAUCACCAAGUCUGCAAAUGAUGUACUUGAAGGGAAGAGGAAAAGAACGUCUCAUUCUGCCGACUCAUCCUUCAACUCGUGUCACUCGUCAUCCCAGUUUUCGUCUUCGGUUGAAUCUGAAAGUGAAACCGCUGAAAAGUACAAACAUCACAAGCGAAAGCGACAUUCAAAGAGUAAACGUUCGAAAAAGAGAAGGAAGGUAUCGAAGAAGAAAGUCAGAGUUCUGCAUUUCAGUGAAAGCUCUGUGGAUGGACAGAUGCCAGAGGUGGAGAAUGAAGUGGAAGAAGAGAAGGAGCCUAGUGGAAAGAGAGAGAAGCCUGUAGUCCGAUUAGAGGAGAUCCCACCAGUGCCAGAGAACCGUUUUCUUCUGCGGCGAGACAUGCCAUCGCAGGAGGACAAAACAGAGAUAGCUGAGAACGUAGAAUCAUCUGUUUCGGCCGACCAGAAACCAGCUGUGUCCAAGUCUGGACGCAAGAUCAAAGGCAGAGGGACAAUGAGAUAUCACACUCCCACAAGAUCCAAGUCCCGCUCUGCGUCUGUGGAAGAACGUGGAAGCAGUGAAACUCCACCACACUGGAAGGAAGAGAUGAAAAGAACUAAAGUUUAUCAACCACCAAGUGUAGAGAGAUGGAGCAAAGGCGACAAAUUGAAUGACCAUUCUUCAAGCAGAUGGGACGACAGAGGCGACUCUGCAUGGUCCCGAACUCCGUCUGCAGAAGGCGCUUCAGACCACAGCUCGGAGAAGUCUAGCCUGCACCGCCGGAAGAAGAAGGAGAAGAAGAAAGCCAAACACAAGAAGAAGGCCAAAAAACGGAAACAUAGCAAGAAAAAGAGCUCCAAGAACAAACCAGAGGAGACAGACUUUUCCCAGGGUGAAAGGCCAGUGUCUCCCAGAUGUUCUUGUUCUCUGACUCAUUCCUCUUCAAGUCAGCACUAUUCGUCAGCUCGGAAGAGGCGCCGAUCCUCAUUGUCUUCAAGAUAUUCAAGAUCCUACUCUAGAUCCUACACUUCUAGUCGAUCCAGGUCUCGGAGAGGGUGUUAUUCACGAUCCAGAAGCCUCUCUAGAUCGAGAAGUCGAUCCCGGUCCAGGUCUUCAUCCUAUUCCAGGUCGAGGUCGAGUUCCAGGUACAGAUCCAGGUCCAGAUCCAGGUCCAGGACUCUUUCUCCAUCAAGAAAGAGAAGUUCAUCUAGAUCCUCAAGAAGGAAGAAAGCCAGCAACACCAAACCAGAUACAAUGACCCAUGUCACUGAAAAGCUUCCUGACAGCAAAGUCACACCUGUCUCCAGACCCACCGCUGCCCCACCUCCAGAAAAUGUACCUGUGAUCCCGCUAAGCGACAGUCCUCCUCCAUCACGCUGGAAGCCUGGUCAAAAGCCGUGGAAGCCCUCCUACUUCCAUAUUCAAGAAAUGAAAGCUAAAAUGGCUACCAGUGCUCUGUCGUCUACAGGACAAGUAGUUGAUAGUGUUACAGACAAACCUCAAUCUUCAAUUACAACAAAUUCUCUGCCAGAAGAUUCUGAAAACCACAGCGCAAGCAAAGCUGUGGUCCGCUCGCGCAGCCGAUCCUCCAGGAGCAAGUCCUACAGCCGAUCAUACAGUCGUUCCCGAAGUAGAAGUUACAGUAGGUCCAGGUCCAGGACUCCUCACCAGUAUCACAGCAGGUCAUCUUCCUACAGCAGGUCAGACUCUGAAAAAUCCCAGAACACCAGGGGGAAAGAGAAGAAUUCACUAGUCAAAGAAUGGAAAGAAUAUUAUAACUCUCUGAAAAGAAUAAAACAUGUAGAUAAGUACAUUUCACUCGGCAGUAGUCAGGAUCCUCAUUCUGGAUCGGGGAACAGGGCAGGCAGUGAGAAGAGUCUUGAUAUCAAUGUCUCCAGGAGAGGUUCAUCUUUGGAGAAAGGGGACUCACAAGAUCAAGAGUCAAACCUCUACAGCUCGGUGCCAGUCAAGAGUUUAAAUGACAAGUCUGAAUGGGAUAGUGACAGUGAUAAAUUGAGCCAAAAUAACAGUAACACUUUAUUGAAAAAGCAGACGCAAACUGCUCCUCCCAGUGAGCUUCCUGACAAGAAGUUUUUUGCUAGUUGGAACUCAGAGAGCGACUCUGAAAAUAUGACAGCAAGGGCAUUAGCCAUAUCUGAAAAAGAAGAAGGGGAGGCCAGUUCAGAAUCGGAGUGCAACACUUGCGAAAAGAUGCCUGAGGCCUCCAUAACCUUAGUGCAAACGAUUGCUGCAUCUAGUUCUUCAGAGGAAGGUCCCGAAAAGGCCUCAGUGCCAGAGAAGCGCAAGAGCAAGAAGAAAAGUAAACGCAAACAUAAACGUAAGAGGAGAAGUGGGAACAAGACCUCCUCUCACCAUCACAGGAAGGGCAAAGGUAAGAGAUCCAAGAGGAAACAUCAGAAGCUGAAGGAGACUUUUCUCUGGCAACCGCCUCUCGAGUUUGGGGAGGAGGAAGAGGAGGAGGAGUCUAAAAAGGAGAAAAACAAUCCUAUUAGAGGUGAAAAAGAAAGACCUGGUGUUAACAGUGUGAAUGAUGGGGACCAAAGUGUUGUCUCUUUAAACAAAAAUCCAAGUAGUGAAGAAGACAAAGGGCAACACAGGACAAAGGAAUGUAUUCAUAAAAAUCCCAAACAAACUGAACCUCACCAGUCAUCCAGUAACAAUGCUAACAAUGCUAAUAGUGCUAGUUGUCCUAGUAUCAAAGAGCAAGAGCCUUUAGAUGACAUGGACAUUUGUACUCCAGAGCAUGACGUUGAAAUUGAAGAACUUUUAGUUACAAGCGGUUCUGUUGAAAACACGCGUGAAGCGAUGAUAAAAUCGACCUCAAAGUCUUCAGAUGUAGCAAAUAAAUCUAGUGCCUUUCCUCCAAGCAAAGACGGGUCUGCCGUCACCUCCGCGGCAACAGCCGGUGGUCUUCAAGAUGAAGCAGCGACCAGCAAAUCUACCAGCGCUGUGAUAAACUUUAAAUGGAGACCUCUGAAAGGAAUGUCAGGUGUACAAAACAUGCCAGCUGUCACUGCGAAAAACAUCCACAUUCAACAGAAGCAGAAUGCCAACGCACAGGGAGUAAGAAUGGAGAUAAAAAGCAAAAGCCGGGUCAGGCCUGGGUCUCUGUUCGACGAGGUGCGAAAGACAGCGCGGCUGAACCAAAGACCGAGGAACCAGGAGAGCUCCAGCGAGGAAAAGUCUCCUUCAGAGGGAAGCACCAGGGGAGCGUCUCACACUCGCUCCUUGAAGAAGUCCAGAAAGUCUCGCUCCGUCUCCAGUCAUCGGUCUCGCUCCAGAGGGUGGUCACACUCCUCCAGCAGGUCCAGCUCCAGCUACUCAUCCAGGAGUCGUAGCAGGAGUCGGAGGAGACGUGGAAGAGGACGUUCCCGCAGCAGUACAUACCGGAGUUACAGGAGUCACAGUCGGACGUACAGUAGAAGUCAUUCCAGAAGUCACUCGUACAAACGCCAUCGGAGAUCCAGGUCAGACUCCUAUGACAGUUACUCCAGUCGGAGUCGGAGUGCGAGCAGGAGACGAGGGCACAGACGCAGUGACAGCUACAGGAGUUCAGACCACCGGUCCCGGUCGUACCUGUCCUCCAGUCGCAGUUCUUCCAGGCGUCGGAGCCACAGUCGUAGCAGACGCUACAGCUGAGCCUCGUGCAGUCUGUGAGCUUCACUUCUGACACACAAAAUCCGGAUGCUGUACACAAACUAUAUCAAUUACAGACCAGCAACUAAUGCCCCUAGAGUAAGUGUUACAUAACAGUACAUUUUCCCCGUGUACACUGAUAUGACCGGCUUAAAAAAAAAUGUUGAAGAAUGUUAUUGAAUGUAAAUAAAUUAAAAGAAACAUUCUUGACAAGCAACACAUGAGUCAAAGCAGCCACUCAAGAAAAAAUAGUGUAGGUGGAAACCAUAGCUCCUUACAAAUUAUAUGAAAAAUAAAAAUGUAAAUAUUUUAUAUUAUUGUACAUAUGUGUACUCAUUUUCUAAUUUAGAUUUUUAUUCACUGAAGUGUGCAAAUGUGUUUGAAUGUGACUAAGCCUUUGAGCUGUGAUGUGUUUAUGAGUUUAAGGUCAGUAAGUUUAAAAAAAAAAUAAAAUCAACGGGAAAACAAAGUUUUUGUUGCAUUUUCAAACUUAAAAUUUCUCAGUUCCCUUUGUUACCGUAACGUGAACGUUUAAAGCGACUAAAAGUAUGUUUUAUUCAAACAGUUAAGAAUGUUUAUACUGAAUAAAAUUCCACCACAAACUGUAA